AUUAUUUGUACUUUCUCUUCUUACUUGCCUAUAAAUAGCUCAUCUCACUUACACUCUAAUGCAUAUUUCAUAAUAAAACAGUUUUCUCAUUGAAAUAUAAUAGAAAGAAAUGACACACAGAGUUGUUAUGUUUCUCCUUCCUUUUCUCUUGCUCUUGUUGAUUAAUGACCAUGGAAGCUUUGCAAGAGAAAUGAACCAAAUUGAUCAGCCUUAUCUUGAUGGGUGGCUCAAAAACACUUCAUUGAAGAACCAAAAACCCUCCCCUAACUCCGACCAAGUUUACCUUGAUGGAUGGUUGAAAGAUACUCGAGGUGAGAAAGCAAAAACCAACCCUGACUCCAACCAAGUUUACCUUGAUGGAUGGUUGAAAGAUACCCGAACCGGGAAAGCAAAAGUAAACCCUGACUCAAAUCAAGUUUAUCUUGAUGGAUGGUUGAAAGAUACCCGGGCCGAGAAAGAAAAAGCCAACCCUGACUCCAACCAAGUUUACCUUGAUGGAUGGUUGAAAGAUACUCGAGGUGAGAAUGAAAAAUCCAACCCUGAAUCCAACCAAGUUUACCUUGACGGAUGGCUAAAGGAUACCCGAACCGAGAAAGAAAAAUCCAAUCCUGACUCUAACCAAGUUUACCUUGAUGGAUGGUUGAAAGAUACCAGAGCUGAGAAAGCCAAAACCAACCCUAAUUCAAACCAAGUUUACCUUGAUGGAUGGUUGAAAGAUACCAGAGUUGCGAAAGAAAAAUCCAAUCCUGACUCUAACCAAGUUUACCUUGAUGGAUGGUUGAAAGAUACCCGAGUUGAAAAGGAGAAACCCUCCCCUGAAUCUAAGCAAGUUUACCUUGAUGGGUGGUUGAAAGAUACCAGAGCUGAGAAAGCCAAAGCCAACCCUGAUUCAAACCAAGUUUACCUUGAUGGGUGGUUAAAAGAUACUCGAUCUGAGAAAGGAAAAUUCAACCUUGACUCUGACCAAGUUUAUCUUGAUGGAUGGCUGAAAGACACCCGAGCUGAGAAAGCAAAAUCCAAUCCUGACUCCAACCAAGUUUACCUUGAUGGAUGGUUGAAAGACACCAGAGUUGAAAAGGAGAAAUCCUCCCCUGACUCUAAACAAGUUUACCUUGAUGGGUGGUUGAAAGAUACCCAAGUUGAAAAGGAGAAAUCUGCCCCUAACUCUAAGCAAGUUUAUCUUGAUGGAUGGCUGAAAGAUAUUCGAGAUGAGAAAGCAAAAUCCACCCCUGACUCCAACCAAGUUUACGUUGAUGGAUGGUUGAAAGAUACCCGAGCUGAGAAAACAAAAUUGAACUCUGACUCUAACCAAGUUUACCUUGAUGGAUGGUUGAAAGACACCCGAGCUGAGAAAGCAAAAUCCAAUCCUGACUCCAACCAAGUUUACCUUGAUGGAUGGUUGAAAGACACCAGAGUUGAAAAGGAGAAAUCCUCCCCUGACUCUAAACAAGUUUACCUUGAUGGGUGGUUGAAAGAUACCCAAGUUGAAAAGGAGAAAUCUGCCCCUAACUCUAAGCAAGUUUAUCUUGAUGGAUGGUUGAAAGAUAUUCGAGAUGAGAAAGCAAAAUCCACCCCUGACUCCAACCAAGUUUACGUAGAUGGAUGGUUGAAAGAUACCCUAGCUGAGAAAGCAAAAUUGAACUCUGACUCUAACCAAGUUUACCUUGAUGGAUGGUUGAAAGAUACCCGAGCUGAGAAAGCAAAAUCCAGCCUUGACUCCAACGAAGUUUACCUUGAUGGAUGGUUGAAAGAUACCCGAGUCGAAAAAUUAAAUUCUAACCAUAACUCCAACCAAGUCUACCUUGAUGGAUGGUUGAAAGAUACUCAGACUUUGAAUCCAAAACCGACCCUUGACUCCAACCAAGUUUACCUUGAUGGAUGGUUGAAAGAUACACGAGCAGAGAAAGAUAAUUCCUCCCCUAACUCUAACCGAGUUUACCUUGACGGAUGGUUGAAAGAUAGUCAUGUUGAGAUUGCAAAAUCCACCCCGAAUUCCAAGCAAGCUUACCUUGAUGGUUGGUUGAAAGACUCGCAUGCAGAGAACUACAUGAAAAAUGGACAACACUUGGAAGAAUCAAACGGAAAACUAUCUUCAAAAGUUGACCAUACAGAAGCAUUCAAGGUAGCUUUUUUCAGCCUAGAUGAUCUUUAUGUGGGAAAUGUAAUGACCUUGCAAUUUCCUAUUAGAGAAUAUGCCCCGUUCUUGCCAAGAAAACUAGCUGACGAAAUUCCUGUCUCCAAAUCACAAAGUUCAAGCCUUCUUCAACUAUUCUCACUCACAAAAGAUUCUCCUCAUGGUGAAGACAUGAUAGAUGUAAUGAAUCAAUGUGAGUCUGAACCCAAUAAAGGGGAGACCAAGGCUUGUCCUACUUCUUUAGAGUCCAUGCUUGAAUUUGUUCAUGGUGUUAUUGGUGCCGAGACUAAUUAUAACAUUCACUCGACUAGCUAUCCCACAACAUCAGGUGCACCUUUGCAGAACUACACUGUUUUGGAUAUCUCAAAGGAUAUCUAUGCUCCUAAAUGGGUAGCAUGUCACCCCAGGCCUUACCCAUACGCUCUUUACUAUUGUCAUUACCUAGACAUAGGAAGUAAGAUCUUCAAAGUUCUUCUAAAGGGUGAAUAUGGAGACAUAAUGGAUGCUUUGGGAAUUUGCCACUUAGACACAUCUGCCAUGAAUCCUAACCAUUUUAUAUUUGACCUACUUGGAAUGAAGCCUGGGGAAGGUCCAUUGUGCCAUUUCUUCCCUGUUAAGCAUGUCUUAUGGGUGCCAAGCCCCCCACAUGCCACCAAAUGAAUAAAAGGAAACUAGUUCAUAUCAGCUAGGUGUCUGUCCCAAAACUUUUCAUGUUGUUUCUGUGCUUUUAAUUUCUGUAAUUUUUGUGUACUGUAAGGUCUUGUUUGUGCCCUAAGUAAGGUCUUGUUUCUAGGAACUAGGUAAUUGUGUUUUAAAAUAAAUCUCAAUUUAAUAUGUUAAAGAUUGAGUUGGCGUCAGUUUAGUCUUUCAAUUUUAGGUAGUUUGUUAGACCUCUUAGUAAGGAGUUUAGAACAAUUAUCCUAGUGUUAUUAUGUGUGUUGCCAUCCGUAUUGUAAUUCUGUUUGUAUUAAUGAAUAUGAGAAAUUUCCUUAA